AUCUUGCUCUCUCUUCUUUUUCUUCUCUACAGCGUACGCCGCACAUACAACUCAACAGAAUACCUACGUGUAUUGCUGCAAGAUGCUAGACUAUUGCUCGAUAUCCCACAAGGGUGGGAUCAUACUCUGGUCGCGCUCUUUCAUGCCUGCCGCACCGCACUCAACAACAGCGACGACUUCCCCCGUCAAUCCUCUAAUCCGAGAGGCUCUGAUUGAGGGCAGGACAGCUGAGGACAAGUAUGAGAAGGAUGGCUAUGCUGUCAAAUGGACUUUUGUCAACGACCUCGAACUGAUCUUUGUGGUGGCAUACCAACGCAUUCUGCAGUUAACCUAUGUCGACGAAUUACUCGCGGCACUCAAGACCCUUUUUGUGAAGCUGUUUGAACCGUUUCUAGCCACCUUCGUCGCUUCCUUGCAUGCUAUCAGCAGUAGCAAGCUUUCGAGCUCUGAUCCGGGUCGGAUAGAUGCUUCAUGGGACUUUGCGAAAGCGUUUGAGAACUGGGAUGGAAUCUUCGACAAGCUCUUGAGGGGUUUAGAAGACAAAGCAGCUCAGGACCGAAAAGGUCGCGUAGGCAAGGUACCCCGGCCGGUCAUUGAACCCAGCCCUCCGUCAGACGAUCUCAGCACCGUCCCCUCCCAGUCUGGAUCAACAACGAUCGACGAAGAACAGAUUGCGCGGAACGUACAAGCACUGAAAAACCGCCUGCGCGGACGUGGAGGGCGGGUAGGGAGACGUGGUGGGGGGCGCUCAGAUGCUGGCAGCGGUCAUGAGAGCCACCCUGGCUCAGAAUCUGACACCCCGAAGCGCAAGCAUAAGACGAAAGUACAGCGCAAAUGGGGGGAUGGGGCACCGUCUGAAUCUGACAUGGCAUCUCUCGACUUCAGCUACGAAAAGAAUGGCCAGGAGGGGCCUCUAGACCUCUCCGCUCUCGUAGACAAUGGCUCCAUGGGGACGCGUACUCAGGAUGGGCUGUACGAAGUGAAAGAUUGGGAAUUCUCUCACGGAGAGGACAACACCGACGAUGUCAUAUCUAAGGUCAUCAGGAACAGCAGUUCACAGGGCUCGAAGGCUGCCUCAGGCGCUGGGUCUCUUGGGGCUCUUGGCUCGUUAUUUGCUCGUCUGACCGGAUCCAAGGUGCUCGCGGAGGAUGACCUGAAGCCGGUGCUUGAGGGCAUGAAGCAGCACCUCAUGAAGAAGAACGUCGCGAAAGACAUCGCGGAUAAGGUCUGCGAGGGCGUUGGGGAAAGCCUUGUGGGCAAGAAAGUCGGCGGUUUCCAAACCACCAAUGCCGCAGUUCGCUUGGCUCUAUCAAACUCACUGACGCGGAUCCUGACACCGAAGACGUCGACUGACCUGCUGCUCUCUAUCCGAACGAAGCUGUCAUCGCCGUUACCUUCUUCGCAGCAGCGGAUGCCUUACAGCAUCACAUUCGUCGGCGUCAAUGGCGUCGGCAAGAGCACGAAUCUCUCGAAGGUCUGUUUCUGGUUGAUCCAGAAUGGCAUGCGCGUUUUGAUCGCGGCUUGCGAUACAUUCCGGAGCGGUGCUGUUGAGCAGCUCCGUGUCCAUGUACGCAACCUCAGCAUGCUCGGGAUGAGCGGAGCGACUAACAGCAAAGCUCGUGUGGAGCUCUACGAGAGGGGGUAUGGCAAGGAUGCUGCUGGUAUUGCGAGGGAAGCCAUUGCGUAUGCCAGAGAUAAUGACUUCGACGUCGUUCUCAUAGACACGGCAGGGCGAAUGCAGGACAACGAGCCCCUUAUGCGCGCGCUUGCCAAGCUUGUGGCGGUGAACAAUCCCGACAAGAUCAUCUUCGUCGGCGAGGCGCUUGUGGGGAAUGAGGCCGUGGACCAGCUGACCAAGUUCGAUCGUGCCUUGCGUGAUUUCUCUGCCUCAUCUGGUGGUAAGGAACGCGGUAUCGAUGGGAUGCUUGUCACGAAGUGGGACACCGUAGAUGAUAAGGUUGGAGCUGCGCUAUCAAUGACGUACGUCACCGGGCAGCCCAUCAUCUUCGUCGGUUGCGGACAGACAUAUACAGACCUGCGGCAGCUGAGGGUCGCGAACGUAGUGCAAGCCAUUCUCAGCGACUAGCAUCACCCGUCUCUGGUCGCUACGAGGUUGCCGC